UCCAACUGGCCAUACGUUUCUUUCCAUUACAAAGUGGGGUAUAUUACAAUAUGUUAUAAUGAAACCUAUCAUUACGUUUAUUUCACUUAUUACCGAAGCUCUGGGUGUUUUUUGCGCGGAAAGUUUGAGUUUUGCUUUUGCCAGAGUUUACAUGAAAAUUUUGACUUUCAUUUGUGUAACCAUUGCCAUGUAUGCCUUGGUUGUACUUUAUUUAACUAUUAAGGAUGACAUUGCAAAUGAAAACCCAUUUUUGAAAUUCCUUUGUAUAAAACUAGUCAUUUUCUUUGCGUUUUGGCAAUCAGUAGUUCUUUCCAUUGUUGCUGAAUUAGAAAUGACCGUCUUUUCAUUUUUACACAUAUUUGCAUUUCCUUAUCAACCUUAUGAAGAAUUGGGGAAUCAUGAAAAAGUUUCGAUAACAAAAGGAUUAAUAGAUUCUUUUAAUCCAAUCGAUAUUUGGAGGGAAAUGGUAUAUGUUUGGGACACUUUGACUAGAAGAAAAUUUCCCAAAAAUAACUCUAAGGACUUUUUAGCAACAUAUAGGCUACCCCGGUGUUUCUGCGUUUUUGGAAAAAUUUCCGGUCAAACAAAGUAUAGCGAUAGGUUACCCUGUGUUUCUGCGUUUCUGGAAACUUUGCCGAGGGUUGCCUAUACUAUAUUUGACCUGGCAAAAUUUCUAGAAACGCAGAAACACCGG